AUGCCCUUCUGGAAAACCGCUCAUCAAAGCAUAACCCGCAACCUUUUCUCCAUCAAAAGAAUGGAUCGCCUCAUAGUCUUCGACUUUGACGGUACCGUCACCCAACAAGACACUAUCAACUUUCUCGCUCAACUCCCCAUCUACUCUAACCAUCUCGGCCGCCUUCGAGAGGAGGCUCGCAAGAAGUGGAGGAACAUAGUCGACCUCUACGUCGCCGACCACGCAAAGCACAAGGAGUCAUACGUCCCCAAAGCCGAAGACAGAAAAACCUUGGCGGAGGAGCUGGCGUACCUGGAGAGCUUGAGAACGGUCGAAGUGGCGAGUGCGGAGAGGGUAGUCAACUCCAAGUUCUUUGCCUGGUUGACGAGGGAACAAUUUGUGGAGCUUGGGAGGCGGGCUAGAGAGAAUGGCGAGGAUCCAGAAUGGGAGGGGGGUGAAGGUGAAGGAGAUAUUGUAAGAGUGAGGAAGGGGUUCUCGGAGUUUGUGCGACAAGCUAAAGCGCGAGGAGAUAAGUUGGGGAUAGUGAGCGUGAACUGGUCACAGGCGUUCGUUGAAGGGGUGAUUGGGGCAGAAGAAGAAGAAGAAGAUGUUGAGGAUAGAGAUCAGGGUCAGUGUCAGGGUCACAAAAAAGGCUUCUUUGUCAAGAGGGUUAAUGAGAUUAAGUAUCCUGACGGAGAGCUGGAAGGACCGCGGGAGAUGGGAGGGAAGGUGAUGAUGACUGCUAGGGAUAAGUUGGAGGCUUUUGAGACGAUGUUAUUGGAUGAGGUUGCGGAUGGUGAUGGUGAUGGGGAGAAGAUCAAAGAGAAGCGUGGUAGAGGAAGCGUGUACUUUGGCGAUUCGGUGACGGAUUUGGAGUGUUUGUUGAGAGCGGAUACGGGGAUCGUGGUGGUGAAUGAGGGCGAGGAGGAGAAGAGCAAGUUGUUGGGCACUUUGCAGAGGUUGGGAUUCGAGGUGCCACAUGUGUCGGAAGCCCGACAGGGUGCAAAGUUGGCGUGGGCGAGAGAUUUUGAGGAGGUUUUGGGGAGUAAGAUUUUGGGCUGA